AUGAGCAAAACAAUCACACUAGAAGCAGAUGUUAUUGAGUUUGAUCUCGAUGGUACUUUAGUAUACACCAGAGAUGUGGUGGAGAAACUUUGGACUGAUUUGGCUAUUAAACAUGGUUUAGAUCCAGUUAAAGUCAUCGAUGGUGCUCAUGGUGCUAGAACUACAGAAGUUUUCGCAAAGUUUUUUCCAAUGCUUGAUAGUUCAACUUCAGAUGCUGCUAAUCAAUUUGAAAGAGAUAUUCCUGAUACUUAUGGUCAUUUAGUUGAAGUUAUACCUGGUACUAUUGAGUUAUUGAACUCUUUGAAUAAAGAUAAAUGGUGUAUUGUUACUUCAGGUAGUGAUUAUAUUGCUAAGAGAUGGUUUGAUGGUAUUUUGCAAACUGUUCAAAAACCAAAUGUAUUCAUCACAGCUGAAUCGGUUUCAGUAGGUAAACCAAAUCCAGAAGGUUAUUUGAAAGGUGAAAAAUUAUUAAGAGAAAACUUAGGUUUAAGUGGUGAAAGUAAAAAAAUUGUUUUUGAAGAUGCUCCAUUAGGUGUUAAAGCUGGUGUUGCUUCAGGUGCUACUGUUAUUGGUGUUAAUAGUGGUAAAGAUUCAAAAUUAUUGUAUGAUGCAGGUGCUUCAUAUGUUGUUGAAGAUUUAACAAAAAUCAAAGUUAUCGAUGGUGAUAAAGUGACAAUUGAAGUUACAUAUUUAUGA